GUGUUUUUGUUUACAAAUAUUUUACAUUUAGUUUAAAAAUGUUGUAAGUGUACUUAAUUUAUUGAUCCUUCUUUGAAUGAAUGAAGUAAUUUAAAUAGUAUUAUUACAAAAUUCUAAGAUAUAACAAUAGUGAAUAUUGCUAAAUUCCAUGGCGAACAUAAAGUAUUUCUUAAUGACUGGUGAACCAGGUGUUGGAAAGACAACUUUGACCAAAAAGUUGAAUUCACUUCUGAGAAGUGAAGGUAUCAAAACUUGCGGAUUCUACACAGAAGAAGUGAGGCAGAAUAGGAUCAGAGAGGGAUUCGAUGUGGUCACAUUGGACGGCCAAAGAGGUCGGUUGGCUCGAGACAUGACUGUUAUGAGUGGACUUGUUAAAUUUAGGGUUGGAAAGUAUGCGGUUUUAGUCCAAGAAUUUGAAAAUGUAGCUUUGCCUGCACUUAAACAGCCCAAUGAAAGUGGACCUUAUUUAUUAAUCAUUGAUGAAAUUGGUAAAAUGGAGUUUUUCAGUCAUUCAUUCAAAACAGUAGUGCAAGAAAUUUUUCGCCCAGAUUCCAAAUGCAUGGUAUUAGCUACACUACCAUUGAGAAACAGUGACAAACUAAUUGAAAAUAUAAGGAACCAUGCCAAUGCAAAACUUUGGACUGUAACAAGAGAAAAUAGGAACUGUUUACAUGGAAAUAUUAUGGAAGAAGUGUUAACAUCUUUCAAUAGUAAUAGAAAACAAAUUUGAUUUAAGAUUAUUUACAGAAUUGUCAGGGCAUACUGGCAUUUCAUUACCAUAGAUAAAUGGAGUGAAGCGAGACCAUUCAUUCAUCUAUGUUCAUUACAAUACCUACAGUUUUGUUGAUGCAAUAAUAGAAAAACAAUAUUCAGUUAAUUAUUUGUCAAUUGCUACAAGAUCAAUUAGAUUCUAUAACAAUAAAUAUUUAUUGUUUCAUUUCACCAAGUCUUUUGUCAAUC